GCUAAGGGUUAAUAAUCUCGGACGAGUUGCUUACGGUUCGCUAAUCGGCAGGACAACCCUCUGAAAAAAGAGUACGAAGGAGACGACGCGAAGGACAUCGAGACGAUCCUGAGCAACAGCCACGUGAUCUCUCACUUUCACUCGCUGGCCAGCGAGCUGGACAUCUGCGAGCCUAAGCUUCCCGAGGACAUCUACAAGACUUACGAGGGUAAAGUUCUCGGAAAGUACGAGCCAGACUCGGCUAGGGCCAAUCUGACAGCCAGCUUCGUCUCCGGCUUUGUUCACGCUGGCUUCGGCGAGGAUAAGCUGAUGACCAACGCCGAGGAUUGCUGGGUUUACAAGAACAAGGAUCACGGGAUGUUGUCGGCUACCGCCUCUUUGGGUCUGAUUCACAUGUGGGACGUGGACGGCGGCCUGGUGCCCAUAGACAAGUACCUUUACACGAGCGAGGACUAUGUGAAAUCCGGAGCUCUACUGGCUAUAGGACUCGUUAAUUGCGGCGUUCGCAACGAGUGCGAUCCGGCACUCGCUCUCCUAAGCGAUUAUGUGUCUUCGAGCAGCGCGACGCUGAGAAUAGGAGCUGUUCUGGGCCUAGGCUUGGCGUAUGCUGGCACGGGGAGAUCCGAUGUCACCCAAUUGCUGAUCGAAGUCUUGGCUGACAAAGAAAAUAACAUGGAGGUCGUAGCGUUAAGUGCGAUAUCCAUAGGAUUGAUCAACGUAGGAUCGGCUGAUCCCGAAGUAUCCUCGAUGGUUCUACAAAAGCUGGUGGAGCUAGAGCCGCACGAUCUGUCCAACACCUACUCCAGAUUUCUACCACUGGCGCUAGGAUUAAUCUACAUGGGCUGUCGAGACGUGAUAGAGUUCUCUUCCGUGGCUCUGGAGGUGCUUCCCAAUCCUUACAAACUAGCCUCGCAGACCAUGUUGCAGAUAUGCGCAUACGCUGGCACAGGCGAUGUGCUAAUAGUGCAAGAGUUAUUACGAAUUUGUUCGGAACCUGUUGACAGCGACAGUGCAUCGAUUACUCCGGUGACUAGUUUCACAAGUAGUUGUUGUUCAGGCCAGAAACUUCAGACCUCGGAGACGACAGAGAAAAAGGAGAAGAAGGAGGAUCCCAAAGAAAUAGGGCCCACGCAAGCCAUAGCUGUUUUAGGCGUCGCCAUGGUUGGCCUAGGAGACGGCAACGAGAACUCUAGGAUCUUCGGACAGAUAGGAAGAUACGGCCCCAUAGCCACGAGGAGAGCAAUGCCGUUAGCUUUGGGCCUGUCCUCUCUGUCGAACCCUGACUAUUCGCUCAUGAGCGUUCUGUACAAAUACAGUCACGACAACGAUCCGGAUGUCGCGAGCAAUGCGAUAUUUGCUCUCGGUCUGGUGAGUGCAGGGACCAAUCACGCCCACGCUGCUAAUCUGUUAAGGCAGUUGAUCUGCUAUCACGCGAAGAGCCCGACGCACUUGUUUCUCGCUAGGAUAGCUCUCGGCCUGGUCCAUCUUGGCAAAGGCACCCUGUCCAUAUCCCCCCUGCGUUGCGGCUCCAGAAUUUUGGAUCACACAGCACUUGCUGGUCUGAUGGUGGUACUCGUGUCCUUCCUAGACUGUCGUAAUUUAAUCCUGACAAAAUCGCAUUAUCUGAUGUACUGCCUGGCCGUCGCGAUGGAACCAAGAUGGCUGGUCACCUUGGACGAGGAUCUCCAAAGUUUACCGGUACCGGUGAGGGUUGGAAAGGCCGUGGACACAGUGGGCAAGGCUGGGAACCCGAAAUCCAUCGCAGGUGGUUACGUCCACACUACUCCGGCGUUGCUGUACGUAAACGAAAGGGCGGAGCUAGCUUCCGACGAGUACGAGGCGGUUUCCAGCAUGAUGGAGGGAUUCGUGAUUCUUCGGAAGAAGGCUGCUUCCUCUUGACUCUUAAAUCUAAGACGCCACGGUGAAGUAAAAAAAAGACGAGACGCAUGGUUUCUGUAGGUAAUGCUCGGCAGGUAGAGUUUUUAUUUCACGAUUAUGGUAAGAAACACGUCUGACAAAACUGUAUUAUGCAACCUAGGAACAAAACUGUGGAUAAUCUAUAGAUUAUGGCAAUAUCGGGUCUCCGAUCCGAGGUGUACAAAGUGAAGACAGCGUCGAGCACAGGGUGGUCCGCCCAUCGAAUUUCCUUGAUCAUGAGUCGAACUAGUUUGUGCUUGCAAUGUAUAUUAAAAAUCGAAUGAAUCUUACGGCUAGAAAGAUUUCGGAGGACCAUCCUGCGCGCUCGAAGUGCAAUUUAACUCGCCGCCUCAAGUGUAGCACAAAACUUGUGAGUGAACGACGUGUGAGCAUGAGAGACCGGAGAGUGAAAGAAACGGUGAAGGACGCGUGAACGCAUGGGUUUCGUGUAGGUUUGCGUUUAUUGAACUUCAGGGACUAGCGGAAGCAAUGUGCUCUAUACAACAGAAACAUACAUUGGUUCGCAUUGCACGGUGUGAACGCAACGGUGCACCAUGAUCUAACAGUGUGUCACGGUUGGAAUCUGCUCGCGAUCGGUCGUCGUAAAUAAAACGCCUUACAUUCGAUAAAGAAACAGUGGAUGGAGAAAAAGAAACAAAAACAAAAAAAGAAGAGUACCGAAAGCAACGAAACUUGAAGGAAUAGAGGCGAGAACAAAUGUGUCUCGGCGAGGGAGAACGGAAAGAGUACGAAAAGAACGCGUCGAGGAAGAAAAUCGAAUACGGACUGUCGGAGAAAAGUCUCGGCAAGCGCAGUUCGCCAUUAUAGAAUCACUGCAAAUCAAAGAUAAAUACUGCAGUUUAUUACUUCUGAUAGUGUACGUGCGUUUGUGUCUAUGAGUGUAUACAAAAAAAGCCCUAUCCAAUCUCCUCGGCGCGUAUUUUGCCCACUCUCUCUCUCUCUCGCUCUCCCUCGUUUUUCUUUUUGUUGCUCGCAGAGGGUCGCAUACGCAAGAUCAUGGAGCACGGUGAAUCUCCUUAUGAAACCAAGCGACGAGAUAUACUUGCCGGGAAUUGCACAAACUCGCAACGUCGGAGCUCCCGCGCCCCCGCAAUUCGGUCGAAAUCACGCGAAACCAAAGAAACCGAUCGAAACAUUUAAUUUUCCGUAACCCAGUGUUCUCUAACUUAAAUUGAAACGCUUUCUCAUCCUCGAACCUGGGCCCAGAUUCCUUUUCAGGGACGUCUUUUCCUUUAAAAAAAUCCUUGACGCAAUUAGCACCCACAAAACUACGUAGGACACAAGAAAAAACUUCGGCAGCGCCUUCAUAAAAUAAAAUAAAAUAAAUCGAA